UCUUUUUAAAGCACCCUCUGAACUCCGUUUGGGCAUGACUUUUUGAUAGAAAUUGAAAAUAGCAAACAAAUCUUUGACCGCCAUGGAUGCCAAGCAGCAGCUGCCGCAGCAGGACGUGAAUCAAGAUCGCGGCGAGUUGGCCACGAGCAGCAAGGACCUCGAACUGGACGGGCACGGAGAGGACCUGAGCUGGAACACCAGUUUGACCACCGUCUGCAGCAGUUUGCCAUUGACCGCAAGGAGCAGCAAGGACCUCGAACUGGACGGGCGCGGAGAGGACCUGAGCAGGAACAACAGUUUGACCACCGUCUGCAGCAGAUUCCCAUUGACCUCAAGGAUCGAAAGCUGGCAGCCGAUGGACUCAGAGACUGCAAAAGAAACCUUCAUAAAUCCCAAAUUGGAAGUGAAGAGUGAGCUAAAGGUCCAGCAGGCCGUGCUGGUGCCGCACGCAAUUGAGCCCCUACAGCCUUGAUAUCACAUUGAAUAAAUUCAAGUUACUUUUUGGAAAUAGCUAUUGGUAUUCUUACAAUAAAACUCUUUUGUUUUAGUA